CCAAUCCAACACUUUUUCCGAGCAAUCACCAGUGACCGCUGCCUUCGAUCUUCACCCACACAACACAAAACACCAAUACUUCCUCAUUGUCUUCUUUCCCAACGUCAACCAUGGGUGGUAAGACUUGGUCCCGCAAGGAAGAGCUCGUCUACUGGCUCGAGUUGAUCCCUCACUCGCCGAAGCGCCUUGGCCACGACCUCGCUGCCAAUGAGGAAAAGGCCUGGAACUGGGUCGCCCAGCGCAUGACCAAGAGCAUGGGCAGUUCUGCCCGUCGCAAGUACACUCCUCUGUGUGUCUUUGAACAUUAUUUUCAGAAUACCUACCUAGGCCGUUUCUCGCCCAAUAUCGGCAAGCUGCACCUGAGAUAUUACAGGCGUGAGCAGGCCUCGAAGAAGAAAAAGGAGAAGGAGCGUGUUAUGGCUGAGGAGCUAGAGGAGGCGCGGUCCGACUCUUCCAUGACCGAUGCUUCCGGCGAUGCCGAGCCUCCGAUUAAGGUCGACUCCAACGGCGACGAGCAGGCUCCCAUCGUCAUUAACUGUCAGUAUCCCACGGUGCCGUCCUACCACACGCACGCCCCAGCUCCCCGGUCCACGGUCCCGUCGGCACCCGCGAGCUUCGCUCCCUCCGACUUCCUGCCACCGCCACCCCCAUACCAUUUCCACCAGUUCCCAGCUAACCACGACCGUUUGGCAACCACAGAAACAGAGGGUGACAGCCCGUUUAUGGCCCAGCCGCCUGCUUCUGGGGCGGAUGAUGCUGCUGCUCCGCACCGGAGCUACAGCUAUCACCAUUACUGAACGGCGCUGGCCAUGAUUCAUCAUGCACUUAGCAGCGGACUUGCUUUUUUUUGGCAGACAGAAGGAAACGGGCACAGUCAACAUCAACGCUCAUCGCUGCGGUGAUUUGC